AUGGGUGUCAACAAAUCCGACUCCAAGUGUAAAACUGUUGGUAUUCAAGGAAUUGCUUGGUCUUUUGGUGGCAUGAUCUUUGCCCUUGUGUACUGCACCGCCGGAAUCUCUGGGGGUCACAUAAACCCAGCAGUGACAUUCGGUUUGUUCUUGGCAAGGAAACUGUCUCUAACAAGAGCAGUGUUCUACAUCGUGAUGCAGGUUCUUGGUGCUAUCUGCGGUGUUGGUGUGGUUAAGGGUUUUGAAGAAAAAGUCUUCUAUGGAAAAGUUAACGAUGGUGCAAACUUUGUUGCUCCUGGUUACACAAAAGGAGAUGGACUUGGUGCUGAGAUUAUCGGUACCUUUGUUCUUGUCUACACCGUUUUCUCAGCCACUGAUGCCAAACGUAGUGCCAGAGACUCUCACGUUCCUAUUUUGGCACCUUUGCCUAUUGGGUUCGUUGUGUUUUUGGCUCAUUUGGCCACUAUUCCAAUUACUGGAAUUGGUAUCAACCCUGCUAAAAGUCUUGGUGCUGCAAUUAUCUUCAACAAAGAUCUUGGCUGGGAUGAUCAUUGGAUUUUCUGGGUUGGACCAUUCAUUGGUGCAGCACUUGCAGCACUUUACCACACAGUUGUGAUCAGAGCCAUUCCUUUCAAGUCAAGUUGA